CAUUUGUUAGUUUAAGAUAUAUAUACCAUAUUUCUUUAAGCACAUAAUCAUUCGUUGCUAAAGAUUUUUACACCAUAACAGAACAUUCAACGGACAUAUUAACUUCUUUUUAUGUAAAUAGAUUAUCUUAGGAAUUAAAUUCGCUAAUCUUGCAAUAGAUGACAAGAAUUCAUAUGCUAUUUGAAACUGAACCCAACAAGAAUACAUGGCUUCUUCGUUACAAAACCAACAGACAACAGCUGAAAAGAGACGAAGUUUGCAAGACCAGGCAAAUAAAUUAUAUACAAACAGGAAAGUAUUCCAGGAUCUCAUUCAUGGAAAAAUAGAGUUACACCCGGUGUGUGUUCGUAUCAUUAACACACCUCAAUUUCAUCGUCUCCGAUACAUCAAACAAAUAGGGACCUGCUAUUAUGUGUACCCAACGGCCUGUCACAACAGAUUUGAACAUUCUAUAGGUGUAUGUUACCUCGCCGGAAAACUGGUCCGAAAACUCAAAGAACGACAGCCAGACGAAAACAUAACAGACGUAGAUAUCUUAUGCGUAGAAAUUGCCGGAAUCUGUCAUGAUCUAGGCCAAGGACCAUUUUCUCAUGUAUUUGAAAAGAAGUUUAUGCCGGAAAUGGGAAUUAACUUUUCUCAUAAAGCUACUGCAAGAAAAAUGUUUGAGUACAUGUUAGAAUAUGGUGAUGAGAGAACAUUGAAGGACGAGAUACAAAAUAUUCUAAACGAAUGUCAGUUUCCGAGGUUUGAGGAAAAUGAUUUUGAAUUCAUCAAAGAAAUGAUUGGUGAUCCGAAAGAUAUUUCAACUGGUUUAUGGCCAUACAAGGGGCGAACAGAAGAUAAAAGUUUUUUGUAUGAGAUUGUUGCAAAUGAUAGAAACGGUGUUGAUGUUGAUAAAUGGGAUUGUCUAGCACGUGACAGUCAUAUGCUUAGAUUGCAUAUGACGUUAGAUUACGAGAGAUGCUUUACUAGUGCUCGAGUUAUUCAAAGCAAUGGGGCCGAUGGGAGUAAUGGAAAUAAUGAUGAACAUGCUUUAGUUCCUCGGAAGCAAAUUUGCUAUAGAGAAAAAGACGCUAUAGACUUAUAUGACAUGUUUUACGCAAGACUGAACUUACAUAGACGGGCUUAUCAGCACAAGACGCAUACAGUUAUUGGCCUUAUGAUUUGCGAUGUCUUGAAAGCAGCAAAUGAUUCCAUAUUAAUUGGAGGGAAAAAAAUUACAGAGACAGUGGACGACAUGGAGGCAUUCACACUUUUGACAGACGAUGUCCUUCAGCUGAUUAUGCAUAAAAAGAAGGAAGAAGACUCAAGAGGCAAAGACAACGAACAACUUGACAGAGCAUAUCAACUGAUACAAGAUAUCAUGAACAGAAGGCUGUACAAAUGUGUUUUCGAAACACACUGUAAGGAUAAAAAGCUUACAAAAGCAGACGUAUUAGAUGGACUGAAAAAUUGUUUGAAAGACAAAGGUGUUCCAGAAAAUUUUUUCAUCGUUGAUGUUGUGAAAUUUAACUACGGUAUGGAAAAUAGAAAUCCUUUGGAGAAAGUACGAUUUUAUAAGAAGGACGAAUUGGAUAAAACUUUCAAAUUAACAAAGGAACAGGUUUCGUUUGUUCUUCCCGACACUUUUGAGGAGCGUAUUAUACGUAUCUAUUGUAAUAUGAAGGACGACUCUGAAAAGGAAAUCGUGUUAAAAGUGGCAGAACCGUUUGCAAAGUGGUGUAAAGACAAUCAAUGUACCGAUCCAGAGGUCAAAUUUCAUCAAAGAAAGCCGAAUAUUAGAGAUUUAAGCCAACCGGAAGGCUCAGACACACACGGAAUCUUAUAUGAACGUACACAUAAACCCUUACCCGAACCUUCAUCAGGUCUAUCAAGUCUAGAUCAGCCAAGAUCUUAUGACGGAGAAGGGAUAGAUGUACGAUCACAAACAACAGACCAGUAAAAGAUACUGAGAUACAUGUCAAAGUAUGAUGGAUAUACCGUCAACAUUUUUAUACAAUUUCCGUUACUUGAUAUAAAAACGUUCGUUUGUAUGAUAUUUCAUUGUAGUAUAUAUUCAUCACCUUUACUAUUUAAGAUACAAUGGAUUACAUAAUCUGUUUAAUCUUGAUUUGUAAAACAAUUUGUGGCCUCAUUACACUUGAGUCGAUGACCCUUUCUUGUUUUAAUUAUAAGGUAACGCUUGAGAGAUACAAAAACCAAUAUUAUGAUGGUUCAUAAAAAGGUGAUCAGUUGACAAAAUGUAGUGUCAUUUAUAAUCUAUCUCUCUUAGAAGCAUAAACAAACUGCUUUAGCAGUAAAAAAAUGUUUUGUUAAGAUGUUUUUGUUGUAACAGUUGUUGUUCUUUUACUAUGCAUGUAUAUUUUGUCAUUUUAUUCACUAAUAUAUAAAUAAGAAUAUGAAUUAUGCACUUUUUCAUGCAUUAAAAUCUGCAGAAAAUCGAGGAAAUUAGUAAGUUCGAAGGCUUCCGCAGAUGUAAAUGCGUGAUAAAAGACAAAUUAACCUGCGUUUUAACGGUUUAGACGGAUUCAUUUUCUUUUAGUUUUAAGUUUUCACCAUGCUUUCCAUGUUUACCUGCCAUGUUAUUUGACAGUUAUGUUUUGAUACUUUUCCAGUACCGGGACAGUUAUUGAAAGUAAUAUGUAUACCCAUCCAAAUGUAUAUAGUGAGUAAACCAGUGAAAGUCGAAUUAUGUUUAGAUUUUAGCAUAAAUCCUUUCAAUUUUACGAUUUACUUCGCAUGAACGACAAAAAACUCACAUGGUCUAAAGAAAUUUCUAUAAUAGCCAAUAUUCAAUUUUGUAAAAAGAUGGGACAAGCUUUUUUAUUUUACUAUAGGAAGAUUUAUAUUUCAUCCUAAACAUGUUUCAACAUCAACUGUUGGUCCAUCACCGUUAUCAUAGUAAUUUGUUUAAAAUAAAAUGACAAUUUAAUUGAACUUGACAUAGAAAAUAUGAGCAUAAUGUCACUUGAAGUAAACUAGUUUUAUAUGACGUCAUAACCACGUAAAACGUGCAACAUUGGCUCGUUCUCGCUUGAUUUUAAUAUUUUUAUGAAUGUUUCCUAAUCCGCAUAUGUAUAAUAUCUGAACUUUUUAAUGCAGACAUACAUGUUCUAAUGGUUUUUAUUAUUGGACAUAGCUUACUGCACAAGGUUUUGUUGUGUCUGUACUUUUAUACAUGUUCAAAGCGUAUAUCAUUAGUCAAUUUUCAACAGCAGCCUUAACAAUUAGGUCGCACAUGUCCAUUUGAACAGAUUAUUAUCUCGAAGGUAAAUAAUAAGAUACAAUUUAAAGGUAUGGCCUUAAUCGUAUAGUUUGUACAUUUAAACGCGUUUCAAACGACCUCCAAAAGAAUUCUGUGCAUGUUAAUCUUCAGUGGCUGUUAUAUACCUAGGUGUCCAUUGAAUUUAUAUUUGAAACAUCAUAAGGAUAUAUAAAAAAUAUCGGAAUGUACGAGAUGAAUGAAAUAAAGUGACAAUCGGUCCUUUUGGCAUAGAACCUAAACGACAUAGUAAUUGGUUUUGUGCGAAUUUAAAGAAACAGAAUAAGUGAAAACAUCAGAUAACUUUGUGUCAUGCGCUAAGAGUUUUUUUUUUACAUAAAUACUCGUACUUCUGAAAAUUAUAUAUAUUUAUUUAUUCUUACUAUAUAUAAAUGACUAAAUUUACUCGUAUUAUGAUUUUUAGAUAUGGUAAAUCUAUGUCACAUUCAAAAUUGUCUUUAUGUUUAUAUCAUUAUAAACAUUAAUUAGUUAAUUAGUAAAAGUCUGACAUCGUAUCUGUUUAAGAGGUAAGCUUACAACUGAGCAGAUGGUUCUACAAAUCAUUUUUAUACAUAUUUUGUAUCAUUUAUUGUACUGUAUCUUAUUGUAACUUAUUGUAUCACCUUUUCUUGGAUUGGUUUCUUUUAUUAAAGGAUGAGCAUUUUACAAAAAGGAAUUUGAAGAAAUAUAAAUGUAGUAACAUCAAAAUCCUAAAUUAUUUUUUUAUUCUUGUCAUUUACAAUAUCUAAAACAUCAGCCAAUCUUAGUUGCUUUCUUCUUUUGUCAACAAUGACAUACCUGACAGAUUACACUGGUUGAUGCUAUCUUCUUGAGCUAAAAAUGAUUAACAGUUCAGGA